UGUCCUGGGCUCUCACAACUUGGAACAUCCUGCAACAUCUAACAUGUAAGCACGUCAACUCAUUUUCUAGACGGAAUCUAGAAGACUGAGUCUUUCUUUUUCUGUUUUUCUCUUUCUCUGUCUCUCAUUCUCUUUCAACAUGGAACUUGAAAAGCAUGAAAAAGGAAGCUUAUUACAUGAGAAUUUAGAGAAGCUGACGGUCUCUUCUGGUGAUUCUGAAGCCAAACCUCUGAUCUUCACAUUUGUCCCCACUGUCAGAAGACUACCAACCCAUUCUCAGUUGGCUGAUGCCUCUAAAUUCCUUGUUAAAAUUCCUGAGGAAUCAAGUGAUAAGAAUCCAGAAACUGUAAAUAGGUCUAAUUCCAGUGAGUACUUGACCUUGAAUGCUGGGAGCCAACGGGAGAGAGACCGAGGGACAGUGAUUUAUCCUUCAGAGGUCGGUGGAAAGAUUUCACAAGGAAGGGGAUUUAAAACAAACAAACCUCAAGGGAUGCAGCAAAGUGACCUCUUCAAAGCUGAAUAUGUCUUCAUUGUGGACUCAGAGGGGGAGGAUGAAGCUACAAGCAGAAAAGUUGAACAAGGCUCCCAAGGGGAAACGGGCACCACCGCUACCCGGCCCAAAUCUCUAGCCAUCUCCUCCAGCCUGGUGUCCGAUGUGGUGCGUCCCAAAACCCGGGCCACAGACCUCCAGGCCCCGCCGCAUCCUGCAAUGCCUCAUGGGACGGCCCCUCAGCAAAAGCACGGGCAGCAAUACAAGACCAAGUCAAGCUACAAGGCUUUUGCUGCAAUCCCUACAAACACAUUGCUUUUGGAACAGAAGGCACUUGAUGGACCCGCCAAGACUGAAUGUUUCUCCAGGGACAGCACAUUAGACCCACCGCUUGAGUUGUGUUUCCCUGCACAGCUCAGGCAGCAAACUGAAGAGCUCUGUGCUACCAUUGAUAAGGUCUUACAGGAUUCCUUGUCUAUGCAUUCUUCUGAUUCUCCUUCAAGUUCCCCACAGACACUGUUGGGUUCUGACACAGUCAAAAUGCCUACAACUCUUCCAAGAGCAGCUGGUCGAGAAACCAAAUAUAGUAAUUUAAAUUCCUGUUCCACAUUCUUGGAAGAAAUCCUUUAUACUAAGCCUGGAGUCAUUCGCCCAGUACCUGUAAAAUCCAAAAUUUUACUGAAAAAAGAGGAGGAAGUCUAUGAACCCAAUCCUUUCAGUAAAUACCUGGAAGAUAACAGUGACUUCUCUGAGCAGGGAGUGACAGUUCCUCACAAGCCUGUUUCUCUCCACCCUUUAUAUCAGACUAGACUCUAUCCUCCUGCUAAGUCCCCGCUGCAUCCACAGACCCUCUCCCAUGCUGACUGUCUAACCCCAGGACCCUUCAGUCACGUGUCCUCCCUCUCACUGAGUGACGAGCAGAACUCCCACACCCUGUUCAGUCACAACGCGUUUAACAAGCUGAGUCAUCCAAUGGUGGCUAUUCCUGAACAUGAAACCUUUGAAUCCAAAGAGGUAAAUGAAAGCAAUGAAGUUGGAGCAGAAGCUGAAAACACAGGCCGCGCUGAAGGGAUUUGGGAUGCUGGUGCUAAUCACUUGCUAGAUAGGACUCCUUUUUCAGUAUGCGUGCUCGCUUUAGGAACUACAGUGCAGAAGGGGAGCUAAAGAAACGUUCCUGCAGGCAGAUAACACCACAGUCUCUACUAACACCCAGCACGGGAGAGAUUGAACUGCCGCUUCUCACGCCGCUGUUGGAGCCUUUAAUGCCUUCUAUUAAGCUGACAGCAAUACUAACGCGCCCCUAUAUUUAACAGCCAAAUAAAGAAGAAUCAUGGGUGAACAGAAGAAUGGUUGUGACUGUUUUU